GCCGGAAAAAGACUGUGGUAUCAUGUGACGUGACCCCACCGUGAUCCACCGGAAAUCUGGUCGCGCUUCGCUGCGGAGCGUUGCGGCCGUCAGCGUGGUGAGAGGGGUUGGGGUUGCCUGCGUUGCCUUGCGUUUCGUUUCGUGUGGUGGCACUCCAGCCCGCCACAAGCUGUCUGAUCAACAGUAGAUUUCCUCCACGUCUUCUACGUACGGUAGUCCUUGUCUUUCCGUAAGCACCUACGGAGAGGGAGGAAGAAUAAAGAGGUCCCAUCUUCUUCAGCGCCGGUUUGACGUCGGUCACCGAACAGAGGGAAGCUCACGAUGGCAGCCUCUCUAGCUUCAAAAUGUUCGUCAUGGGCAGUUAGGGCAGGGCAAUGCGCAUCAUCGUCUUCCCUGCAGCCUGCUGUGAGGGGGACAAGGGCUCCCUCCUCACAGGCACCUGCAACAUUGCGCCAUCACCUCAAGGUUGCAAUGCUCAAAUCUGGAAGCUGUUGUAAGGCAUUGUCGUCUGAUUUUUUUCGAGGCGUACGCUUGGCAAGAAACAGCUCUAGUUGUCGUGCGCCAGCACAGAGGCUUCCCGCAAUUAGCGCUGUUGUAGCAGUAGAAACGGAGCAAGCUGUCCAGGUGGAAGAGAGAUAUCGUCUGGAUAACCUAGGUCCACAGAAGGGAUCUAACCAUCGUGCAAAGCGUAAGGGACGUGGUAUUGCAGCAGGUCAGGGUGCGAGCUGUGGUUUCGGUAUGCGUGGCCAGAAGUCACGAUCUGGGCCGGGAGUUAGACCGGGUUUUGAAGGUGGACAGACGCCACUUUACAGAAGACUGCCAAAGCUGAGGGGUAUUGCUGGAGGUAUGGGUGCUGGCCUACCCAAGUAUGUGGCAAUGAAUCUGGAGGAUCUGUUUGAGAAGGGUGCUGUUGAGGGCGAGGAGAUCACAUUGGAAAGUCUGAAAGCAAAAAGACUAGUCAAGCCAACUGGACGGGAUCGGAGGCUUCUUUUGAAGGUUUUGGGAGAUGGGGAAGUUCCUGUGAAGUGUACCGUUAGAGCCGGCAGUUUUUCGGCAUCGGCCAGGGCAAAGUUGGAGGCAGCAGGAUGCACUGUCAUAGUCGAAGGCCAUAAGAAAAAGUGGACAAAGAAGGAAUACUUCAGGGAGAAGAAGGCUGCUGCAGCAGCUGCCGCGGCGGCGUCGAAGUGAUGGAUUGGUCCUUUUUCCCGUGAUCCGCAAGAUUAGGCUGGCGACAGGCCGACAGCCAAACAAGAGGCCUACCUUGCUCUGCUGAGUCUUGCCCACUUUCUUUUGCCAGUUGAUAUGUAAUUGAUGAUAAUACAAAGAUUUUGAAAUCAAAAUUAUCAAAUGAAAUUUGUAAGUUUUUGAAAUGAAACGAAACUUCUGUUUUCACUGCUGAGCUUUGUGGAUUCACCUCUUUUCCAGUGAGGUAAAGCGUACACCCAUAUGUCCUGAUCACACAGAGAACCAACAAUCUGUACCUCCUUCGGCUGUCUUGCAACCAAUGACAACUGCCCCCCCACCUGGAUUCACGCUCAUCUUCAAUUUCAACGAAAAUGAAUUAAGAAAAAAAUC